UUGAAUGACAUUUUUGAUCGCUUGACAACGAUAGGCCUGUCACGGAUGCCUGUUGACAACCGAUUUGAGCAGUGAGUUCUACUACUAAGUAGUAGUACUACUGAGUACGACUAGUACUCACUACUGGGUUGCUCUCGGUUUGAUUGUACUGUACUCGUCGUAGACCUCCUCUACCGUGGUUUGAUCCAGUACUCGAUACUCCGAUACCUAGGCGUAUGAUGAAGGCCUACUACAGCUACAGGAGUCGUACUCUGCAAGAAGUAGGCCUACAGUCAACAUGAAUAGAGGUGAAGGAGCUAAAUUUGCGGCAAAAGCGAAGUCUGGUCAAAUUGGGAUCUACCUUUUUAAAGAUACAAAGCCCAACAGAAAUAAAAAGUUUGGAUAUAAACAAAAGUCUCAGGCAUUUCCAAUUCGGAAAGUCACCACUGGUCGAGAUUCAGAGGUUGAAAACAAACCAGUUCCUACCAAGAAACCAACAGCUGAAAAAUCAUCUUUGCAGAAGAACCAUUCCACAAAUGCCAAGGACUUGAAAUCAGGCAGGGAAACCAUCACCAGUGAUACCACCUAUAACAGAAAGCAAAGUAGUAAAGAUUUUGUAAAAAAAAAUGUGCAAAAAUUCAGUGAGAAAACAAAAGAAGAGUCAAAGGACACUAACACUGUAGCACUGACGCAAGACCAGCUGAAUGCAAUACUGAAGUCCAUCGGCCAAAUAACUGGCAGUGAGAAAGUUGCAAGUAUUGAAAUAGAAAAUGGAAAUGUAAAGGUGAAUGCCCCUAAUCAGGAACCACCAAAAGACAAACCAGGCGAUUCUACCAAGGAUUCCAAACCUGACAAAGAGUUUGACAGUGAGCAUUCCAAGAAAGAAUGUGAAGACAACAUCUCUCCAGUGUCAACUGAAAACAUCCUUUCCUUGCUGGGCAAAUUGGGGACAAGAACCCCAAGCCCUGUGCUUAGCUCGAAACCCCCAACCCCAAGCAAAGCACCAGCAAGUGUUGUCAUUACUACAGCAUCACACUCACCAAAGAAAGAUUCAGGACCUAAGACAGAAAAACAAAGAAAAGAUGAGGUCACCAAAGAUGAAAAGACAGGAGGUACAAAUCAGAUUGGAUCUAAGGAGAAGGAAGUCGCAGGUCAGUUGGAAUUUUCUCAUCUCAGCUUAGCUGAAAGGAAGAGACGUAGAUGGCAACAGGAGAGAGAUGAGUUAGCUGCUCUAGAACAACAGCUGACAUUACAAGGCAAGCAUGCGAGGGAGGUCAUUGCCAAUAAAACGGCUAUGGCACACCAUGAGACCAAUAUGCCAGAGUAUCACGACAGAAACCAAGCACCAUCGAGGAAUACACCACAGGCUGAUACAACAAAGUCCCCAAGAGACACUUUUUCCCUUGAAACUUCACCUCGUGUUGUGGCACCAUCUAGUUUAAGUGUUAUUGAAACACAGCGGAUAGUACCAGCAGCUAUGAGAUCAUCAUUUUUAAUUGGUGGUCAAGGAUCAGCAGGAUCAAGGUUAGAUGACCAUAAUACACAGGUGAAAAGAAGACAGCAGCAGGAAUGGUUAAAAGAAUUAGAGCAACAACGUAUUGAGGCACAUGAGCGUAAAGAACAGGAAAAAAAACGCCAACAAGAAUUUGAAUCCAACUUGGCUCACCAAUGGGCAGAGCCAGUAGAUGUUCCCAAGACUGGGCAGAUCAGCAAUGGUCAACUGAAAGUCCAAGAUGAUUCAGCCAUGAUCAGACAGACUGACAGAAAGGUUGACAAUGAGGAAGAGAUUGAGCAACCUCACAGUGCUCCCCCACAGGGAUCAUGGGUCAGGGAUGACAGGGGAUCGGUGAUGAAAAUGUCAGAAAAUAGGAGUCACAUUAGAGCUCAUAAUCUGCUCCUGGAUCCUGCAGAGAUUGAACGCAGAGAAGCCCAACGGGUCAAACACAUGGAACACAUGCUGGCUGUAAAGGCCCAAGUUGAAGAGAAGCAACGACUUAAAAAGGAAGCAGAGGAGAGGCGUCGGCAGGAGGAAGCAGAGGAAGAAAAGCGACUUGGCCAGAUAAGGAUGAAUACACAACAUCAGUAUGAGUUAGAGAGAAAUAAACAGAAGAGGAAAGAAGAAGAUGAGGCAGCUAGACACAGAGCCUUGGCAGAGAGUAUGCAAGUUGCCUACCUUGAAGCUCAACAGGAAAAACACCAGAAGAGAUUGGACAAGCUGGCAAAGAUGGGACAUGAUACCUCUAACCUCAGACGUAGCUGGGACAACCAACAGGAAGUUUCUCAACAUCAGCAACCUAACUCCCAGCUAGCUUACAAGGCGUCACCCAGGCCAGAACAACCCACAGUGCCUCAGCCUGUGCAGUAUUCACCUACAGUGCUUGAACCUGUUGUGAUUGAUCAUAAGACUAGUCAUGCAGUCGAGCGUCCUACCAUGGUAGAUGCAUUUACCUCUCCUGUGUAUGAUCAGGCAGUGCAGACAGAGUUUCACUUCCCCCCUCGAGAAAAUGUCAUGCUCCAAGGAGGCCUGUUGGAGCGAGAACCCAGCGCUCACAUUGAGUAUAAACCAGAGAGGCAAGAAGCAGGUCAUGAAUUAAGGGGCAAAGACAAGAAAAUUGUGCAAACUCAGAUGCACAAUGACCAGGGGAGGAAGAGAACUGUCCAGAAAGAAGCUCAAGAGGGAAAUACGAGACCUGUGAGACAGACAUCAAGGGCAUCAUCAGCAGGAUCGGAGCAGGAAUACAGUCAAAAGUCAUUCAGAAAGACUGAGAAACCAGUAUGGGGAGCCAGUACCAAGAGCAAAAAAGCCCAGCGAAAUUCAGACAAGGAUCUGACUGUCAGUAAGAGGAAGCGGGAAGAAAGGCGGCAACAGAGGGCAGCAGAGCUUUUAGCAGCACAGGAGCGCAAUGCUCCCCGGAGGCUCCUAAAAACAAAGAAACCUACACCUGUAGGAGGCAUACAGACUGAGGCAAUUCAAGGGUCCAAGCCAAUGCAAUCAAGAGUCAGAGGUAACUUGGACAGGAAUCACAACCAAGAGCACCACCAGGGGAGAAGAAACUCAGUGCAAGACCAGGUUGAGACACAGAUGUGGGCAGAAGAAAACAGCAAUCUGCCAGAUUCACCUCCUCUAAGGAAUGGUGACUUUGUGCCCUUCUUACGCACAGAAGAGCCUGUAAGCCUGAGCGAGGACAGCGUACCAGUUACACCAGAGUCUCUCCAAAUGCAGAGACAGAGGAAGACAAUGAAUACAGUCAUUACUGAUGAGAACGACAGAGGAAGAAGAGAGGACAGAUUCAGAUUACCAGUACAAAAUGAAAGGUCUAAGUUUUCUCAGCAGGACCCACUGCUAAAUCCAGACAGACUGAAGGACUCUGAGCAACGGCAGGAACGUAUCCUACAGCAGCUCUCUCACCUCAGACAGGGUCUGAUGAUGAAGCAACGGGAGAUGGAACUUGGUCUAAACAGCUCUAACAACUUGUAGGUUCAAUUGGGCCAAUCAGAAUCUGAAAGGGAUGAUUUACUUGACUGUAGUGUCAGUUGUGUUGAUGAGCUGUGUCUAUUGUAUACACACAGUCACCAUCGUGCUGGUGAGCAAGUUAUUGUGUCUACGACCUUUUCCUAGUACAUGCAUCAUCAUAUGGAACUAACAUUUGAAGGAUUCUCAUGUGAAAAAAAAGACAGGAAGACGUUCACAUUACAGUGGCUGAAAAGUGUUUGAUAUUGGAACAAUGUCACUUUGUAGUCAGAUUUCAUGUGUAAAGGGCUAAUAGACACACAGUAAUUAAAUUACUUGUAUAUGUAGUAUGAAAUAUGGAACACAUUACAAAGUAUAGAACACAUUGGUUUCCUAUGGUAAAAUGCUUGUACCUUGAGCAGUUGUUUUAAAGUUGCUACACAUCAGACGUGCAUUUCAAUGAAAUUUAGCCAAAAUAUUUCAACAGUCAAAUUUUAAAAUCUGAAUCUUAGCUAUGGAUAAAAAAAGUAUCUAGCCAGAGCAGAUCAUGUCAUUUGUGCCUUUUCAUCUCUCAGUGCGAUAGUUACCUGCUCCUGCAGGUUGUCAUAACCCUAGCUACAUGUCUCUGUUGGGCUGACAGUUAUUAGUGUAUAGUUUUUGUUCCAAGUUUUCAUAUUCAUUGCCUAAAAGUUUAAAAUCUACAUUAGACAAUAGAUCAUUUGUACCAGUGCGCGUUUCCAAUAAGCACAUGGCAUGCCAAUCCUAAACAUCACAGUGAAUCAAAGUCGUAAAGAAUGCCAAUCCAACAUAGCUUAACAUCAAGGAUGAGAGCCAAGGGAUUGUAAGUGAUAUGACAUCAUCACAGGUACAUAAAUGCAUAGACCACUAGUCUUACGUAUGUAUAGAUGGUAGCGUUAACAAUCACUGUCAGUGCACAUUACACAUAAUGCACUUACAUAGCCUGUACUUGUAUACACAUGCUCUCAAAAUACUUUCACUGUUUUGCUCUUUUGUCCUGCCAUCUGUUUGUUUCAAAUUUUGCAGCCGCACUGUUGGCAGGGUUAGGUAUAUAAGAUUUUUUUACAAUCAAAAAAUAACUCCACCGAAUUUUACAGGCUGGCAUUCUUCAACUUUGCAUACUCCCAAUAUCAAGGGGUAAAUUUGCCCAUAGAUUUUAUGUUAGUUUGACGCCAUGCAGAUCACAAAAUGUUCAUAUAUUUUUAUAUGCGAUCUGGUGGUUUGUGCAUUUAUGUUUGUGCAGCUAAUACAGGGGAUUCUUAUCGUGACAUUAAAUUCCUUGUGCUUAAUGUUUUCACAUUUAAAUUUGUUCAACUCUGAAAUAAUUGUUGAAAAACCUGUACAUAGUGUCUGAGAAAAGUUUCCCAGAAUACUGUAAAGUAUGUGUAAAAAAAUGCUUAGUUGGUAAAAGUUAUUUGUGAGUUUUAGAGUGUUUAUUUCUCACUUCUGUUUUUAAAUUAAAUAUUGCAUGCUGUUCUUGUUAGAAGCUUUUUCUAAGGGUAGGUCCUCUUUUGUUUCAGUUUAACAUGAAAUGAACCAACAAGGUUCAAAGUACAUGUAACUGGAAUGUUAGUAAAUCAAUGUGUUCUGCAACAAAAGGAGUACCAUUUGAUAAAGGUGUGAUCAGAUGUAAAGCUGAACAAAAUUUUGACGGUUGUUAGUGUUUGGCAAAUACUCAACCUAAAUAUCAAAAGGUUUAAAAACAGCAGUUAUAAUCAUUUGGCCUUAUUUGCGCUUAGGUUUUAAGGUUUAGGGAAACGUUAGUGUUUAACCUGAGGGCUACUCGGUAACCAUUUAGUAAGAAUCAAUACUUGAAGUUGAAUGUCCAACUAUUUCCCUACUUGGGUUCGUACAGUGCAUGGAAAUGAAAGUGAAAUCUAUCAAUUGCAGAACAGAGUGCUAUAUUUAUCGUAAUAUCCUUCCUCCCAUCACUCACAACUGGAUUGGGGACUUCCAAGUGUUUACCAUCUAAAUACUCCCUGUAAGUUCAUUUUAUUGGUAGAAUAAAUAGAGAGUGAAUUGCUUUAAUUAAAAGCAGCAUCGGGUCUUGUAUUUUACAUUCGACAUGCUACUGACAUGUGUGUUUUUUUUCAGGUACAAAUAAAACUUUCAAGUUAAAAACGAA